AUGGCAGCGAACAACCAUGGUGCAGCCUUGAACGUGCAGAACAGUCCGCACACCAACGCUUCUUCGUAUCCCUCGCUUGCCAACCACGGCCGACAACGCUCUCAAGGCUGCCAAGGCCCUCUUUUCGUAUCGAUCCCGCCUCAGAAAAACCACUGCACCCAGGACGCCAUGGUGGGCCAGUUCGUCAAGAACAACCCUGGCGCGCUAGGCGAGCUGCAACAAAAUCGCCAGGAAUCGGCUCCUCGCUCUCCCGCCAAGUCCCGAGAUGAAGGGCUAGCCGACACGUGCAGCAGGCCGUCUUCUCCCACCAAAUCUGCCCUGGGCAAGCUGGCAUUUAGGUCACAUGCGGAAAAGGGAGCGACGCCGUCAGCCAAACACCGAGAUGCCUCACCCCACAAGUCUCCCAACAAGACAAAGUCUGGCGGCACCAACCUGGCAGGAUUUCUCUCCCGGCCCAAGUCGCUGAAGAAUCUGUACAAGAUGGCCAUCGACGAAUCGAGUCAGGUAAAGGACAAGGAAAACCUGACGCCAAAGAGCACACCCAACACUGAACCACCGCCAAUCUUUGCUCAGUUUACGUCGGGUAGAAACGUCCUUGACCAAGAUUGCAACGUGCAGCACCCGUCAAUGAAGGCGACCAGAGAGCGGCCCCGGUCCGUUCAUGUUUCCAGGCCAGAGAGUGACCAAAGUCAGCCAUCUUCCUCCUCCUCCCACUCAACCUCCAGAGCACACGGCCAUGCUUCAAAACCCGCAUCUGCACACCCACACCAGACGUCUCACAGCAAGUUCUUCGGUGGUUACAGUCAAGGUCGAUCAAAAUCCACAGCCUCGACGCCUCCAAACGGCCUUUCCGAGCUGCAGAUUGACCCCGGCAGUCUUGAUAAGCAGUUGGAGGCUCUUCUGGAUCGCCGAAAUAUCCCCGAAAACCAGCGAUACAAGAUGCGCAACUUGAACGAUACCAUAAAGCUCGAGUUCAUUCGUCAGGAUCACGCCGAAAUGCAAGCUGCCAAGUUGGACCAAUCGGCAUCCGUGGGCACGGCAACAGAUGGUCGCGCCACGCCCGCGAAGGCACCUGUAUCUGGCCGCGCAAACAUCCCAUUCGACCACGAGGAGCAACCCAAGGCCAGCCGGGGAAGAAGCUUCACCUUUUCCAGGGGCAAGAAAGACCCCAGCUCGCCCACCAAGAAGUCCAAGGCGGAAGGAACCCUGGGCCGACAUUUUCGCAGCAGGUCGACGGACAGCAUCGCUUCCGAGUCCCGGCCGUCCUCAUGCAGCGCAUCGGUGGGGACAAGCUUCCUGUCAAAGAUUAAAGCCCAGCAAGGGCCGUCGGACUACGUCGCCUACCUGAGAAAGGUCCAGCAACCACAGCUGGUCGAAGUGGGCAAAUUGCACAAGCUGCGUCUCUUGCUUCGGAAUGAAACGGUGGCUUGGAUCGAGGAUUUCAUCCAACAAGGGGGCAUGCACGAGAUUGUCGGGCUGCUGAACCGCAUCAUGGAGGUUGAGUGGAGAGAGGAACACGAGGACGCGCUCCUGCAUGAGAAUCUCUUGUGCUUAAAGGGACUCUCCACCACCGCCAAGGCCAUGGAAUAUCUCGACUCUGUUCAGGCCGAGCUCUUUCCAAAACUCUUGCACCUACUUUUCGACCCCGAGAAGAAAGGACCGAGCGAGUUCACCACCCGAAACAUCAUCACGUCUGUUCUCCUUACCUACAUUGAGUCCGCUUCGCCGGUGGAGCGAAUGAUUCGGGCCAAGAGGGUACUGGGCCAUUUGCGUGACAAGGAUCCAGACGAGAGGGAGCGACCGCUCCCAUUCGUCUUGGACAUGAGACUGGAGCGACCCUAUCGUGUUUGGUGCAAGGAGGUUGUCUCUGUGACGAAAGAAGUCUUUUGGAUCUUCCUCCACAACCUGAACGUAGUAGCCCUUGCCGAUGACCGGAAGGGACAGGUCAACGUCCCGGGGGGUCGCCCAAGCUCCCGCGACAAUGUCGGCGGCGCGUUUGGAUACAUGUUUCGCAACUUUCCCCAAGAGCGCCCGCCGGUGCCUGCCGCACCUUAUGUCGGCGGUGUUGAAUGGGACGCGACCAAUUACCUGGCGUCGCAUCUGGAUCUGAUGAACGCCGUCAUUGCGUGCACGCCCACGUCUGCGGAACGCAACAACCUGCGCGCCGAGUUUCGCAUCUCCGGGUGGGAAAAGUGCCUCGGCGGAAGCCUCCGGCUCUGCAAGGAGAAGUUUUACGGCAGCGUGCAUGUUGCGCUCCGAACCUGGGUAGCCGCAGCUUCCGAGGACGGCUGGGAUGUGCGACCUGUUCGCUUUGGCCCCGCUCCCGAGUCGAGGUCCCCUCGGAAAGCCGGCGCCCAGAAGCCAACAAGCGAAGAAGCUCCCAAGUUGGAUAUACCGAGACUUGAUUUCGGUCUUGACAGGCCGGAUGUUGCCAAGGACAUGUGGCUGUAA